AUGGAGACCAACUACAACGUGCUCAAGGACUCGUACUCGACUGCCGUCUGCGACGUGCUACCGUGGUCCGGAGACUUUUGGCCAACGUAUAAGGACGGUAUCAACGCCGUCUGGAAGGAUGGGGAGCCGUCACCCGCUGAGAAGUACGCCACGGCCUUCGGCCUCGACGUCGACGCGUUCAUGAACGGCAUCUCGCUUAGCACCGGAGUGCUGUCCGAGUCGUACACGGGAAGCUCCACCUGCUCCAGUGACUCGGACUGCGAUGGCGGCAGCCUGUGUGGCUUGCGAGGUAAAGCAACCAGCGGCUACUGCAUCCCGACGUGGUACGGCCUCUGUCACGCGUGGGCAGCCGCCGCAUUGUUCGAGGCUGAGCCCAAGUGCGACGUCCAGAAGAACAACGUGACAUUCCACUCCGUGGACAUGAAGGCGCUUAUCACCCAGCUCUACGACGGCGCCGCGAUCGACGUGGUCUUCACCGGAGCUCGCUUCAACGGACCGGACAGUCCCGAGGAGCUGGACAAGUAUGGACGCUACGAGGACGAAGCGCGUCGAGACGUCAACGCAGCCUUCUUCCACAUCGCCGUGGCCAACAUCCUCGGCAAACAGGGCCGAUCGUUCAUCGUUGACGUGAGCUCGGACUUGCAGGUGUGGAACCAGCCCAUCCAGAAGUACGAGUUCUUGGAGACCGAGAUCGUGGAUAAAGCGAAGUUAUCUCUCGAGUAUUUUGGCUCGGCCAAGUACCCGUUCAAUGACGCGGCGACGUACCUGGCCAAGUGCAAGACGCGUCUCACGUGGACGGCGGAAUCGAUUGAAGAUGGCGCUCUCACUACAACUGGACGAAUUGAAGCGUAUACGGUGUACGAGGACUACGAGUACAGCCUCGAGCUGGACGAAAACUACACGAUCAUUGGUGGCGAGUGGCUUGACCAUUCUAAUGCGAAUCACCCGGACUUCCUGUGGUUCCCAGCAGCAAAGCCGAGUGCGAACACGAUCACAGAUACGGGUAUCGCUUACGCAGACGUGUUGGCACUUAUUGAGGAGUCGCUAGAAUGUGUGGAUGUGACAGUGAGCCCUGACGUACCAGACACACCAUCGACCAAGAAGACAGGAAAAGAUUAUACAAAGUCGCCAUCCUACACUAAAACACCAUCCAAGACCCCACCAACAAAGUCUCCACCCACAAAGGUACCGCCCACAAAAGCACCAACAUACCCUCCCGAGACGUACGCACCCGAGACGACGGCUCCAGCCACGUACCCACCGGAGACGUACUCGCCUGAGACCACCGCGCCUUCCACCUACCCUCCCGAGACCCACGUACCCACCGGAGACGUACUCGCCUGA